GUAGUAAAUCUCACUCUUCCUGGAAAUUUUUUUCUGAUGAUUUAGAAGGCAGUGACCUUUGAGGAUGUGGCUGUGAAUUUCACCAUGGAGGAGUGGGCUUUGUUGGAUCCAUCCCAGAAGCAGCUCUACAGAGAUGUGAUGUGGGAAACCUUUAGGAAUGUGACUGCCAUAGGAAGAAACAUAGAUGACCAGCAAAUUGAAGAUGAGUAUAAAAAUUACAGGAAAAAUCUAAGAAGUGCAGAGGUAGAUAAAUACUGUCAAUAUAAAUUACGGAAUCAACAGGGAGAAAAGGGUUUUAUGACUCCUGAUACAAAUGUGCAAAUCAAACUGCUUGGUAUAAAACCAGGUGGAGGCCCUACAUGGACAAAGCCUCUGACUGGUCAUUCAUCAUCGACCAUGCCCAUCAUACAUAACACUGGACUCAAAUCACAUGAGCUCCAUGGAUUUGAACAGAAGUCCACAAACUUUCAGUCCUUUCAGAAACAUGCAGAGACAAAUCCUGAAGAAAAACCCCAUGGAUAUAAACAAUGUGGAAAACCCUACUGUGAUUGCACUGAAGGAAGUACCGCUGAAGAGAAAUCCUUUGUAUAUAAGCAAGAUAUGAGAGCUUUCAGUACAUCCAACUGUGUUGAAAUCCAGGAAAGAAAUCACGGUACGAUAAAUACCUGUAUAUAUAUACAAUGUGGAAAAGGUUUGAAUUCUCACCAUGAUAUUCAGAAACAUGAAAGUGCUCACACUGGGAUAAAAUCCUAUGUAAAUAAACACUGUUGGAAAUCCCUAAAUAAUAACACUUCAUUUGGUAAUCAUGACAGAACUCACAUUGAGGGAAAAACCUACCUAUGUAAACAAUGUGGGAAAGCUUUCAGAACACACAGUAAUUGUCAAAUACAUGAAAGGACCCACACUGGGGAGAAACUCUAUAAAUGUAAGCAAUGUGGGAAAGCUUUCAGAAAACAGAGCCAUUGUCAAAGGCAUGAACAAACUCACACUGGGGAGAAACCCUACGUAUGUAAACACUGUGGGAAAGCUUUCACCAGACACAAUUAUUGUCAAAUACAUGAAAGGACUCACACUGGUGACAAAUCUUAUGUAUGUAAGCAAUGUGGGAAAGCCUUCAGCAUACAGAGUCAUUGUCGAAGACAUGAACAAACUCACACUGGGGAGAAACCCUACAUAUGUAAGCACUGUGGGAAAGCUUUCACCAGACACAGUUAUUGUCAAAUACAUGAAAGGACUCACACUGGUGACAAAUCUUAUGUAUGUAAACAAUGUGGGAAAGCCUUCAGCAUACAGAGUCAUUGUCGAAGACAUGAACAAACUCACACUGGGGAGAAACACUACAUAUGUAAGCACUGUGGGAAAGCUUUCACCACACACAGUUAUUGUCAAAUACAUGAAAGGACUCACACUGAAGACAAAUCUUACAUAUGUAAACAAUGUGGGAAAGCUUUCAGCACACACAGUAAUUGUCAAAGACAUGA